GCUGAACAAAGAAUAAAAACUCCAUGAUCGACAAGAAGUCAUCAUCAUAAUUUUCACUUCAUUCUUAACUUGUUCUUCUCGUCUCGAUAGUACGAUGUUGGAUCUGUUUACGAUCUUCACCAAGGGUGGAAUGGUCCUCUGGUUCUUCCGGGGGACCAAUAGCAUGCUUACCCAGCCCGUGAAUUCUUUGAUUGAGAACUCAAUCAUAAUGCAGCGUACGAGGACUGCUGACGAUUCCCUAGCUUUCAAAUUCAAGGUGGAUUCAGAGCUCGGAGUAGUGUUCUUAUUAGCACACCAGAAAAUAUUACUGCUGAACUACGCUGACAAGCUACUGGACGACGUGCAGGUGGCUUUCAAACAGCGGUUCGCCUCUGCGUUUAGUGAAGGAGACGAAGCUGAACAGAAUGAUUACAGCUCGUUUGACAGUGAUUUCCAGAUGGUGCUGCAAGCAGCCGAGCAGGAACAGCAUCAGAAGAAGCCCACCAUGAAGACAUUUAGUCAGAGUGGAAAGUUCUCUAAAACCUCUGCUGGUGCUGGUGCUGCACCAUCCGCACAAGCGGCACCAGCACCAGCCACUGCCACAGUCAAGACCCCUGAGCCUGCACCUGCAGUGAAAGUGCCAGCAGCUUCACCCAAAUCACCCCCUGGUCCACCAAGGCCACGUGGUGCACGAAAACCCAAGGCUCCUCCUGUAGCUUCGACUCCACCAACGAAUGGCAAGAAAGUGAAGGGAAAGGAGAAACGGUCAUGGCAAGACUCGAAACUGUCAACUGGUGCUCGGCAGGCGUUGGAUUACUCUGCUGAUCCCAAGACCGACAACUCUGACAUGGCAGCAGCUAUUCCGAUUAACGACUUUAUGCAGGAUGGUCCAAGCAUGGUAGGUCCUUUGACUGCACUGGACAAUGAAGAAUAUGACGACGGUGAAGAGGAGGAAGCGUGCGAUGACGAUGCUCACAGCUCAGACGACGCUGCGGCCCCUGCUGCGUCCAGCACAAGCAAGGCUUCCAGCAGUGCCUCCGGUGGCGGUGGUGUUCUGGGUUUCUUCAAGGGAUUGGUGAGCAGCAAGGUGAUCACCAAGGAGUCGCUUGCUCCCGUUCUCGACAAGAUGAAGGAACACCUUGUGAGCAAGAACGUGGCCCAGGAGAUUUCCCAGUCCUUGUGUGAUUCUGUUGCGGAGAAGCUGGAAGGACGAGCGAUGGGCACAUUUGGUAGCGUCUCGUCCACCGUUCGCUCUACCCUGGAGGAUUCCCUUGUGCAGAUCCUGACUGCUGGCGGAAGCCAUGAUACACUUCGGGAGGUGAUGGCAGCAAAGAAGCGUAGCCGUCCCUACGUCAUCACGUUCUGCGGCGUCAACGGCGUCGGAAAGAGCACGAAUCUCGCCAAGAUCGCGUUCUGGCUGCUGCAGAACGGCCACCGCGUCCUGGUUGCCGCGUGCGACACGUUCCGCGCGGGCGCGCUGGAGCAGCUGCGCGUUCAUGUGCAGCGCUUGCACGCCCAGCAUCCGGCAAGCGACGGCGCCGCCGCCAUGAUCCAGCUGUAUGAGCGCGGCUACGGGCGAGACCCGGCCGGCAUUGCCAGCGACGCCAUCGGCUACGCCAAGGACGAGGGUUUUGAUGUGGUACUGGUGGACACUGCCGGCCGUAUGCAGGACGACGAGCCACUGAUGAGGGCCCUGGCCAAGCUGAUCAAGUGCAACACGCCGGAUCUCGUGCUGUUCGUCGGAGAAGCGCUGGUCGGCAACGAGGCCGUAGAUCAGCUCAGUAAAUUCAACACGGCUCUGGUGGAUCACGGCGAUGGUCGACUGCAGGUGAUCGACGGCGUCCUGCUGACCAAAUUCGACACCGUCGACGACAAGAUGGGUGCCGCAGUGUCCAUGGCCUACACCAGCCGCAAACCCAUCAUGUUCGUCGGUACCGGGCAGACGUACCGCGAUCUGAAGAGCCUCAACGCGUCCUCCGUCGUCAAGGCACUGCUGCGGUAACUCCGGCCGCACGCUACCGUGCUCACUGCCCGCUACUACCGUGUUCACUGCCCGCUCCAGGGUAACGAGUCUGCUAACGACAAUGUCCUUCCAAUCAUACAUUUCACUUUGACUUGCCGUGUGUCUUGCCAAUUGCCAUGCUGGCAUCAUGAAACCCCUCAUGCAGAACAAAUUUUUAAUUUCUAGAUCGAAAAAACCUUAUUUUAGAAUCUAAUCUGCCGCCCCACAGUGCAGAGCCCUCAUGUAAUUUAUUGAGAUCUUGCCUUUUAGUAGCCUUGA